ACGCUCGAGGUAAGGUGUGGCCUUCGACGUGUGAUACAACACAACGGGUUAAAGCAAGAGCGACGAAGAUCUUGGAGAAACUUUGUGAGUAAGCUCUCCUUUUGGUCUUUCUAUCCAACGGAACAAAAAAGAAACGGAAAUCAAAAAUAAGAAGAAUAGAGUGUGAAAAGAUAGAGAAGAGAGAGAGAGAAAGAGAGAAAGAGAGAGGCAGACAGAUAUAUAUAUAGAGAGAGAGAGAGAAGGGCAAAGAAGAAAAAGGGUGGACGAAGUAAGAGCCAAAGAGGGGGAAGGAGAAAGGUGGAAAUCAUAUCGCACGCGCGCCGAAAAACCACUACGAGGAGAAGACGACGCGACGCGAGCGAUGCUGGAAGGAUUCGUAAGGUGAAGCGAAGACGGCGACGAUCUCGAGUCGUCGAGAUACGUGAUCGGUAUCGAAUGAGUCGGUGAGCGUCGUGAGCUCCGCUCGCUGCUGCCGCUACCGCUGCCGUUGACACGGGUCCAGCGUACGUUACGCAGCAUCCCCGUUUUUCUCGUUAUGUUACUCGUGAUCGCCACCGCCGUCAUCGCCAUCGUCAUCGUUUGUCGUAGUUUGUAGAUCGUCUUAAUUGUCCCUAUUUUAAUUGUCGUCGUCAUUAUUGUCGCCAUUCGUUCUAUCGUCAGUAUGGUCCAUUCACGAAGCUAUCAUCAAGUCCUAUGUUGAUAGACGGAGAGAGAGAAAGAGAGAGAGAAAGAGAGAGAGAGAGAGAGAGAGAGAGAGAGAGAGAGAGAGAGAGAUAGAGUGAGCAUAAAGAAGAAAAGAAGAGUAAAGAAGAUAGGACACUAGCGAACGUAUAUUCGAAGAAAGGAUUUGACUCUUUUAAAAUUGCGAAGAGCUUUUUCGGCGUUGGGAAAUAUCUGCGAGAGUUACCUCGGAACAUGCAUUUUUUGAACAAGCGUAAACAUUCCACAAGCGUGUCGUUAAUUGGACAUGUCUUAAUUUGCAAAAGGAUCAAUAAUCGCGACGAACUGAUGGUAGAGGUGGAGGCGGUGGAGGAGAAGCACACACGACAUUAAUGUCGCAGGAAGUGAUGGGUACGCAUGAGAGAUCACCGAACGAUGCUAUGUGAACGCGAUGUUGUAACGUCGUGGGCGCUGAUGGAAUGUCUGUGGGAAAUGCGUUCUACGAUAUAACUUAAAGUGCCAUUUCAUCAUAUCCAAUAAAUAUUUAAUAAUAAAUACACAUUAUGUGGGCAUGUGCGUAACUUCGUUUUAUCGUUUAUAUAAAUGAACAUGCAAUAAUUAAAUAAUUAUCUAAUAUUUACAUUCUUCGCGAUUAGUGUCAAAGAUAAAUAUAUUAAAUGAUACAUUCAAAACACAUACAAACACAUUGGUUAUCUGCAUAUAUUGGCAGUUAUUUGUAUAUAUCAAAAAUAUAAUAUAAGAAUACAUCUGCUUGUCUAUUAGUUAAAUAUUGGAAAUAUCGUUGAAGAGUUUUUAUUUCAUGCACACAUUGUGCAUGACAAACUGUGAAAGAAGAAAUUGAAAAAAAAGAAAUGAGCCUAUAAGGAUCAAAGAAGGAAAAAGAAGAAAUACUAAAAUGAAUGUUAAACAUAGAUAUUUAUGGAAAUAAAAGAAUUCAUUUACAACUGGAAAUAAACCAACUACAACAUUAUGGCGGAUAAUCUCAUAGGGCCAGAUUGGCUCUUUAGAGAACUAAGAUCCCAAGAUGGUACAAACAGGCUCCUUAUUUUAGAUUGUAGAGCUCAUUCAGAUUUUCUGGAAGCUCAUGUCAGAGGAUCUGUAUCUUUGGCUAUACCAAGUAUAAUGUUAAGACGAUUGGCUGCAGGUAAAGUAGAUUUGAUAUCAACGAUAAGGUGUUUAGACCUAAGAAACAGAGUAGAAGUUUUUCUGCAUGGAGAUAAGAGUAGUAGAGGAACAUUUGUGUUGAUUGGAGAUUCUACAGAUCCUAUAGGACACCAGGGUGAGACAAUUCAAGUUUUAAAUCGAAGACUUAGAAGCAAUGGUGGGAGUGUUGCUAUACUUGUUGGUGGUUUCAUAGCAUUUAGAGAUAAAUAUCCAGAAUGGUGUGAAUGUAGUCAGGCUAAUAUGGAAGGGUCAUCUGGUCAAGACUCUAAUGAUGGAGAGUUGAUGGGUCUUAGAUCGCUUAGGAUAUCAAGUCCACCAAUAAGAGCAUAUUCUGAUUCAGAUAGUGACAGUACGUGCGAUUCUGUUGGACCUGAAGAAGAUAAAGAUUUUCCUGUAGAAAUUUUACCUCAUUUGUACCUUGGAAAUGCAGCCAAUAGCGAAGACAAAGAAGCAUUGGCACGACAUCGAAUACAAUACAUACUCAAUGUAACGCCAGAUUUACCAAAUGUAUUUGAAAGUGCUGGCUCUAUAAAAUAUAUGCAGAUACCAAUAAGUGAUCAUUGGAGUCAGAACUUAGCCAGUUUUUUUCCACAAGCAAUUCAAUUUAUAGAGGAAGCACGGAGCUCAGACAAAGGAGUGCUGGUUCACUGUUUAGCUGGAGUGUCUCGGUCUGUUACGAUUACUGUAGCUUAUUUGAUGCACAAAUGCAGUCUAAGCCUAAAUGAUGCUUUCAAUCUAGUACGUAGUAGAAAAUCCAAUGUUGCUCCGAAUUUUCAUUUUAUGGAACAACUGCUUAGUUUUGAAAGAGAAUUAAGAGAUAGAGGAGAUAGAAACAAAGGAAAUGAUCAAAGAUGUAUUGGUGCCUGCUUACCUGGUAGCACUUGUAAUUGUCCUGCACCGAGCUUUUUAAAUCCUGUUGAUUUGGGUCUUAGUCCAGAUUCAGGGAUAGAAUUUGAUAGGUGGGCAACUAGUACACCAGCUGAAUGAGACAGGCCUGGAGGGACCCAAUACAAAUUUUAGGUCCCUCCUUGCAAAUUAUUUAUCAUGUUAAAAAGGUCCUGAUUGAAGGGUAUAGGGAAACAAAGUAUAAGUUCUAGUAUGACAAAAUAAGAAUUAGAAUCUUUAGUAUAUCUUUAUAAAUGGUUAAGGAGCAUAAAUGGAAAAGAAGAAAGAAAGAAAUAUAUUAUUGUCUCUGUUUUUCUUGCAGAGAUAUUAUCUCUAUAUUUGUCAUCUAGCCGUCUUUAUUAAUACCGUUUUUUACAAUUUUAAAGCCUUCCUAUCUAUUUCUUUUUUUUUUAAUUCAUUGAAUACAGUGAGUGCUGGACACAAAAUGUCUUCUAUAAUAAUAAAAUUGAUCUUAUUCUUCAUAAAAUUGAUUUAAAAUAGAUCAAAGAUAGAUCAAAUUGCUGCAAUUGUAACAGUUAUACUAUGUAUAAAAAAUAGAUAUGACUGUCUCCAUGGUAUAUAUAAAAUAAACUUAGAAAAACGUUUCCCCAGAUUGUUAUGAGCAGCAUUGGAUAUUGAAAGUAUUUUAUAACAGAAAUCUGUAGUUUUCUAUCGCGUAAUCGCAUUUCGUAUAAGUGUGAUUGUAUGUUUUUAAAUCAUGCUUCCAAAAUAGAAACGUAGUAUAUGUCAUCUAUUGAAACUUAUAUUAUGUUGCCACUGAUGUUAGGAUAAUUUUCUAUUUACAGUUUUCCUUCAUAAUUAGGGUCUAUAUUUUAAUAUUUUUACCCUAAACCCUUCAAUAAUGUGGCUGUGUUUAUUUUAUCAUAGAUAAUGUUUUUAGCUAUGAAAUAUUCUUUAAUGAACAAAUUGCAAUAGAUCAAUCACAAUCUGUAGUUAAAAUAAACAUCACUGUUUAAUGUACUAAGUUGGAGGUACAAAAUUGAAAUUGAUGGUCUUGUACUCAACUGUUAAGCUGUGUAAAGUAAUAUGAUACUCAAAUGUAAUUUUUUAUGUAGUUUUUCAAUACACUGAAGUGACUUACCUUACAAAGGGUAUUUUUAAUGCGUUCUGGUUUGAAAGAUGCAAAAGGAUUUGUGCAUAUUACCUGAAGUCUUAUGUCAGGCAUAUCUGCCUUAAGCGAGAUGUUUAGGGAUCAUCUUAUAGCGAUUCAAUUUAUAAUAGACACGAAAAAUAUAAAAAAAAUGAUUUUUAAAAUAUUGCAAAUAUCAGCACAAGAGCAUAAUCGAUAUUAUUAAUUGUAUUUGAUAUUGCUGAUAAAAAGUAGUAAAAGACAAUGGUUCCUGCAAAUCACGUUACUACAGAAUGCAGAAUAAUGUUGGUCCUUCAAAUUUUUUAUGAAGGUUUUCUAAGCAACUAUCUUGCUCUUAUGCAUCAAUAUUAAGACCAGAAUGCAGCUAUUUAUAUGCUAUAAGCAAUCCGUAUACUGAAUUGGAGUCUUAAUUGUAUGAAACGGCAAUGUUUCCAUUAUCUUUCAGAUCUCAAAUAUAUAUUAAAAGUUAUUUUUAUAAAAAAAAAA